CCUUUGGUCUUUGUAUCAUUUCUAAGACAAGCUGGAAAGGCUAAGCAAUGUGAGUUAGUGAUUUCUCCAGCUUGGUAGUGUGGAAAGGAAAAUUGUGAAUCAAGCUUUUGCAUUUUUGCCCACUGAGACGGAGCAGACAUCAGUUGGAAUGUAAUAGGAGGGGCAGUGACAGUUGGAGUGAGAGAAGAGGACUGUGGGAGAAACCGAUAACAGAAAUGGUCUUUUCCCUCUGAACAUGGCUGAGUGUGGAGAAAAGACCAGGAGCUCUAUAUCCCAACUUGUGAAAAACCUUGCCUCCAUUCCCUUAACCUGGAGAAGAAAAAGGUUCUUGUAUGUGUGAGAGCAUCCAUUUGAGGAAGAACAAGACAAAAGUAAGCUACUGAAAGGGGUUGAUCUCUUAACUUCAGGGGGUCACCCUGAAGAUCCUUUCCAUCCCUUGUCCCUCCCAAGAAGGAUGCUUGCCUUUUGCUUAGUAGGGUAGAGAUAGUGACUAGUUAAGAGGAAGAUAGAUAAGCUGAAGCUGAGCCAGCUUGGCUUAACUGCAGAAGCAGCAAAGUUCUCCUAUUCCCACUUACCUAUCCCCUUUCUUGAUUUACUAUAAUUAUUAAACCAUAUUUAACCUGCAGUCAGAUAAGAGGACUAUCAUUUCCGGGGGACAUAGAGGGAGCAGAACCUAAGGACAGCCAUUCAACCAUAAACAGUCCUUUCUGAAGUUUGUUUUCUGACAUUUUGCCCUCCAUGUUCUCUCUCCCCCUUCUCUAGGAAGGUAGUAAUAUGAUGUAGGUCAUGCAGACAUUAUCCUCCAGUACAUAUUUGCCUCUUUGCUAUGCUGUGAAACUGUAAAGGGGGUACAGGGCCCCCGGAGGCCCUCCAAAUCUACAGGAAUCCCAGCUCAUGUGAAGAUGGGGUUAACUCUUCCCCUGCCCAAGUUUAGAUGUAAUCACCAGAAGCAUGUGCACACCCCGCUUAUCCUUAAGUGGGGGAGGUCAGUGUGUGACCCACCUGUGUUUAGCUUUUAGCUUUCUUUUAUAUUAGUGUUAAAUAUUGGGGUUAUUUAACAAGAUUUUAGCUUUUAGCUUUCUCUUGGAUUAGAAGGUGUUAAGUAUUGGGGGAAGUUAACAAGUUUAGCCAGUGGGUGGAGAAAACUGCUUAUAAAGGGGAGGCCAAGGCCCUGCUCUCCCACUGGCACCCUCUCCUGACUGGAGGUUGGAACCUGAAGGGACAAGUGGUGGUGGAGAGCUUCCGUCCAUCAGAACAGCAAUGAGGGCAUCCGAAGAGGAAGUCUCCCCACCUUGGGGCUCCAUGCUCUGAAGGAACACAGUCUGGCCCUAGCAGAGACUCCAGAGCCAGAGGGAAUGGCCCCUGGGACCCUGAGGCCCCCCUCCCAGGGGUUAAUAACAUUCAAGGAUGUGGCUGUGGACUUCACACAGGAAGAGUGGUGCCUAUUGGACCAUUCUCAGAAAGAGCUGUACCAGGAGGUCAUGCUGGAGAAUGUACAAAAUCUACUCUCAGUCGGUGUUCCAGUUCCUAAAAAAUAUUGUACCUCCUGUUGUCAGCAAGGGGAAGCACCAUUGCUGCUGGAGCAAAAAGGCCCCAGGAGCUCCUGUUCAGAAGCAGAGGCUAAUUUUGAUUUGAAGGAGAAGUCUACAAAGCUGAGACAUUUUGUGGAAGGAUCUGGCCCCCAAAGAUGCGUGAAUAAGGAUCCCCAUGAUAUCAUUAUGAGAGAAAUCUGUGACUCUGAUAUCAAGAUAAAUGAAAAUAUAAAGGGUGACUGUGAAUUUGAUGGCACUGCAGAGAAAUUCAGUCAAUGUUCAGUCCUAAAUCAGUAUAUGAAAGUGUCCUCAGGAAAUGACUGUUGUCAAGAGAAUCAAUACGGCCAAUGCUUUCCUGAAGAAGUAGGACUUGGUCAGUUAAAUGAGAAAACUCCUGAAAAGCCCAUAUAUCAAGGUAACCUAGGAGGAAUAUCCUUUGGCUGCAGUUUAGACCUCAUUAGCCAUUCAAAAAGUAAAUGUGUAGAGAUGGUUUCUAUGAAUGACAAAGAAAUGAGACCUUUCAGUCAAAACUCUGAGCUUGUUGCACAUCAGAGAAUCCACAAUGGGGAGAAACCUUAUAAAUGUAAAGAGUGUGGAAAGGCUUUCACACAGAGGGGCAAUCUUGCUAGACAUCAGAGAAUCCACACUAGAGAGAAACCUUAUAAAUGUAAUCACUGUGAAAAGGCUUUCACAGAAAGGGAAUCUCUUGCUAGACAUCAGAGAAUCCACACUGGAGUGAAACCCUAUGAAUGUAAACAGUGUGGAAAGGCUUUCACACAGAAGGGCUCUCUUGUAGAACAUCAGAGAAUCCACACUGGAGAGAAACCUUAUAAAUGUAAUCACUGUGAAAGGGCUUUUAUAACAAGGACAUCUCUCGCUAACCAUGAGAAAAUCCACACUGGAGAGAAACCUUAUGAAUGUAAACAGUGUGGAAAGGCUUUCACACAGAGGGGCAAUCUUGCUAGACAUCAGAGAAUCCACACUGGAGUGAAACCCUAUGAAUGUAAACAGUGUGGAAAGACUUUCACACAGACGGGCUCUCUUGCUGCACAUAAGAGAAUCCACACUAGAGAAAAAACCUUAUGAAUGUAAACCAUGUGGAAAGACUUUCAAACGGAGGGAACAUCUUGCCGCACAUCAGAGAAUCCACACUGGAGAAAAAAUUUAAAAAUGUAAACAGUGUGGAGAGGCUUUCACAAAAAGAGGCCAUAUUUCUGCACAUAAGAGAAUCCAUGAUGGAGAAUAACCUCAUGAAUAUAAACAGUGUGGAAAGACCCUUAUGCAGAGGGGCUCUCUUACAGCACAUCAGAGAAUCCACAAUGGAGAGAAACACAUCUCUUGCUAAACAUGAGAAAAUCCACACUGGAGAAAAACCUUAUGAAUGUAAACAGUAUGGAAAGGCUUUCACACAAAGGAGCCAUCUUGUUGCCCAUAAGAGAAUCCAUACAGGAGAGGAAACCUUAUGAAGGUACACAAUGUGGAAAAGCUUUCACAGUGAGGAGUAAUCUUACUAAGCAUCAGAGCACCCACAUUGCAGAGAAAAAUUAUGAAUGGCAUCAAUUUGGAUAGGCUUUCACAUAAACCCUACAGUUGCUUCAUGUCACAAACUCUUCACUAGAGAGAAACCUCAUGAGUGAGAUUGAUCUUAUAGUUGCCACUUUUAGAUUAUUUAACAUAAGAGGAUCCACAAUUCAGAGAAACUUUAGGAAGAUGUUGAAUUCGGUAAGGGCUCCAGGUAACAAUCAUCUCUUAUUCCCAGGUUAGAAUUCCUUUUGGAUAGGAAUCUUAUGUCCAGAAAGAAGAGAGAAAUUGAAAUGGAGAAUCCAGAGCUUGUUCAGUGUGAAAAAAAUGUCUUCUGAUCACACCAGCUCCAGAUAAAUUCCCUCUAGAAAGAGUUUAAUCCAAAAAUCAUCUCUUACUUCAUAUUAUAGGAUUUAUAGUGCAGAAAAACCUAAUGAAUGUGCUUAAGUUGUAUGCAUUUUCCUCAGGAUGAGGGUGAUCACUAUAAUUUAUAAGACUGAGGGACCACAUCACAUUUGUUAGAUUGGCUAUUAUGACAGAAAGGGCAAGGGACAAAAGUUAGAGAAGAUGUGGGAAAACUGAGAUACUAAUGAACUAUUGAGUGGAUUUGUGAACUGGAUGGAGCAAUUUUGAACUGCGUCCAGAGAACAUUAAGACACAAAAAGGAAAAGGACCUAUAUGUAUUUUUUAAAACCUCAACACUUAAAGAUGCUCUUUCUGGGUUGAUAAAAAUUAGAAAGUAAAAGGGAACUCACCAAUUGGGAGAUGGCUAAGUAAAUUGUGGCAUAUGAUUGUAGUAGAAUACUGCUGUUUUAUAAUUAAUGAGUAGAAGGAGGAGCUGGGAAAAACCUAGAAAGACUGGAGAACUGAACCUGACUGAAUUUUGCAAUACCAGGAGAACCACAGCAGAUCGUGACAGAAAUAGUGUAUGCAGAACAACUGUGAAUUGAGUUAUUCUCAACAACACAAUGAUCCAAAUCAAUCCCAAAGGACUCAUAAUCAAAACUUUUAUCUGUUUCCAGAGAAAGAAUUGAUGAAAUGUGAAUCUAGAUCAAAGAAAAAAAUUUUCACUUUUUAAACUUUUGUUGUUUGUUUGAGUUUAGUUCCACAGAAGGAUCAAUAUGUGAAAAUGUUUCAUAUGAUUCUACAUGCAAAAUUUUAUAUGAGAUUGCUUAAUAUCUCUUGGGCAUGGGAGAGAAAAUCCAAGACUCAAAAGUUUUGAACAAAUGUUGGAUAUUGUUUUUACACAUGAUUGUUGUCAAAAACAAAAUAUGAAAUGAUGGAGAAGAGUUGAAUAUUCAGUGGUGAACAACAUUCUUUCUAGAAUGAAGGGGUGAACAAGGAAUAAUUAAAGGAAUGGUUUCACUUUAAGCUGAUACUUGACGAUACACUGGACAUAGUAUGCUGGAGAUGAGAUUCAGUGCCUGUAACUGACUAGGAAAGGCAUUUUGCUGUUGUACAGACUUCAUAGACUUUCCCACAGAGAAGCCCUCAUUAAACAACCCAAAUUUCAUAUUUUGCAAAAACUACUACAAUAAGGACAUUUUCUCUGAAAUCCUAAUGCUUGUCAUUCUUCCUCACUGUUUGUUGGCAUUCAUCCAUUACAGAUUUUGUAGCCAGUUGCUGGUUAACUGGCACUCACUUCUUUCUCAUUUUUUGCUGGCACAUAUAGAUCUUACCAAACAAACAAUAAGAGUGCAUGAGGAAGAUGUGGAAGGAAUAGGGAACCUGAUCCCUGCCAGGCUCAUGAUGCAGUUGGCUGAUUUCUGGGUCUGAGCAGAAGUCUAACUCCUCUGAUGAAGUAAUAAGGGAGGAUUUGAGGUCUCCAAGACCACCUUGUCUCUUGAAAUAUCAACUAAUGGGGUCUCAGGACAUCCUGCGGCUGAACUGUCAGGAUCAACUCCCUUCAUAAGCAGGAGGCAAGGCACCCUCUUUUCUGAAGAUGAUGGCGGAGACAUUUUUUGCUUAUGGGAAUCCUGUGUCCCCAAUGAGAUGGGAAUCCUGUGUCCCCAAUGAGAAACCAUAUUAUGUUCAGAGAAAUAGCUUUCUUUAUUGGUUAAAAUCUGAAUGCUAUACAAUAUAACAUUUCUAUGAGAUGAACAAAGUCCUAAUUAUUCCUCCCUAUGACAAUUGCUUUCCUUUUCAUCAGUGAGUCAUUUUAAUGGAGGAGAUAAGAAUUUCACUUGCUCUUAUGCUUACAAGAAAACAAGGACAUUUAAGCAGAUAUCUUUUUCUCCUUUCAAAUAUAAUAAAUUAAAUAUUUCAUGGGCUUUAACAUGAUCAAUAUCAUACAAUAUUAAAUGAUAUAUUACUAUAUUAUAUUUUAAUACAUUAUGUUAUAAAGUACUAUGAUAUAAAUUAAAGUACCAUAAUAAUUAUAAUUUUAUGAUAACCAAUACAAAUUAUUUUAUUACUUACACAAAGGAGAAUCAAUAUCAGAAAUGCUUCAGAAUUAGAUUUAUAACUCAAAUGAGAAUUAAAAUUCUUGAAAAAUUGCUUUAUAUAAUUAAAAUAUGUGAUCAACAAUCCUGAUAAAAUACAUGAUUUUUAAAAAAUGUGUAUUUUUUCACCUUUUUAAAAAAGUAGUUUACAAUCUAGCAGCAUCCAGAUUGUAAAAGAAGCUGCUUUUCCACAGCAUUUCUAUACAAGGUUUUGCCAAAUUUCACCUUUUCAUAAACAAUAGUUUGAGUUUGAAAUCUGAAACAAAACUAUUAAAAUACCUUACUCAGAUCUGCUUCCUCUUAUUACUCUUUACAUUUUUAAUAUAUCUCCAACCCUGUAUAAACAUGA